AAAGAUCAGAAGCUGCUAUGCCUAUUCUGUCAUAAUCUCACUCUCUCUCUCAUCCAGCUCCUAUAAACAACCCUCUCACACUCGAAGCUUCCAUUCCAUGUGCUGAUGUGCACAACAACCGCCACCCCCUUAACCCCCCAAUUAAGGAUUUAAGAUUCCAAAACAGUAGACAAUACAAGUCACAACUCGGCACACAAAAGCACAUAAGAAGAAGAAGAAGAAGAAGAAAACACACUCUUCCAAGUUAAACAUCUUCCUUUCUUCAACCAUCCGCAAACUCCAAACUUGCGACCAUAUUCGGAGACCCAUUUGACCAAAACAUCCGAAACCAAUGUCAGUGUCAUGUGGGGUGGAGUGCGUCUUCGUGCUCGGCUGCGCACGCUGGCUGUGGAAGCGCUGCACAUACAUCGGCUCCUACGACAGCGCCACGUGGGGCCACUCUGAAACCCAAGGCCGCGUGCCGCCGUAUCUCAUAUACGCCGACCACCAGCACCGCCAGAUCGUGCUCGCCGUCCGCGGCCUCAACCUCGCCAAAGAGAGUGACUACAAGCUCCUUUUGGAUAACCGCCUUGGGAAGCAGAUGUUUGAUGGCGGGUAUGUUCACCAUGGUUUGCUGAAGUCGGCGGUUUGGUUGCUGAACCAGGAAUCGGAGACCCUCAAGAAGUUGUGGGUGGAUAAUGGUUGCAGCUAUGAUAUGGUAUUUGUGGGGCACUCCCUUGGUUCCGGGGUUGUGUCGUUGCUGACUAUACUGGUGGUGAAUCAUAGGGAGAGGUUGGGAGGGAUACCAAAGGAGAAGAUUCGGUGCUAUGCCGUUGCUCCUGCAAGGUGUAUGUCACUCAAUUUGGCUGUCAAGUAUGCCAAUGUCAUACACUCUGUUGUACUGCAGGACGAUUUCUUGCCAAGAACAGCCACUCCAUUGGAAGAUAUAUUCAAAUCCAUAUUCUGCUUGCCCUGCUUAUUAUUCUUGGUUUGCUUGAGGGACACCUUCAUACCAGACGAUAGAAAGCUUAGAGAUCCAAGGAGACUUUAUGCACCUGGACGAAUGUACCAUAUUGUUGAGAGAAAAUUUUGCAGAUGUGGGAGAUUUCCUCCUGAAGUGAGAACUGCCAUUCCUGUUGAUGGAAGAUUUGAGCAUAUCGUCUUAUCCUGCAAUGCAACAUCAGAUCAUGGAAUUAUUUGGAUCGAAAGGGAGGCAGAGAAAGCUCUACAACAAAUGAAGGAACAUAGUACCGAAACUGUGAUAGUCCCUCCAUCGGUGCAAAAGUUCGAGAGAUUGCAGACCAUAGAGAAAGAACAUAGGAAUGCUUUGGAAAGAGCUGUUAGCUUGAAUGUACCCCAUGCGGUGGAUGCUGCAGAGAAUGAACCGGGUGAACACAAUGAAGCCGAGACAGGUAGCACCAGUGACGAGAAAGAAGCCUCAAGUUCUGAAUCAAGAACAAGUGGUGGAAGACCAAACUGGGAUGAUGUUGUCCAAAAGCUUUUAAAGAAGAAGAAUGAGCCAGAAGAUGUUGCAAAUUUGCCACAAUAAUAUCUUCUAGGUGAGAAUUUCUUUUUUUCCAACCGCUUUUUGCUAUUUUUAGAUAAUUCAGUGUUUGUAUAAUGUAAAAGGUAAAAUGAUGGUGUGUACAGCGUUACGAGAAAUUAUUUGUAAUUUUAAGAUUAAUAUGACGGCAAGUGCUGUCUCAAAAUCCAAUGUUUUGAUCAUGAAAUAAAAUGUUAAAAACUGUGAAUAUC